AAAUUUGUGCUUCUCUUUUUCCCUUGUAGGAGAACCGAGAAUGCUCCCCUCCAAUAAUAAAAGCCCCGCGGCGAACCAAACUCUGUAACGCUUUUCUCUCUUCUCAUUCUCUUUCGGAUCAGAUUCUCCAUGAACAAUCAUCACAAUUCACAAACACUGCUGCAACUUCACUCUUCAAUCUCAAAUUGGAUAGACAUUGCCUUCUCUGAUCAGAUCAGUUCCUCAAUCGAUCAGGGUGUUUCAUGAUGAACGAAGAAUGAAGAAUCAGAGUGUGAAUUUCUUAUUCUAUUUUAUGCUGAACUGAAGGCCGAUUUUGAUUAAACUCAAUUUUGGACUCCAUUACUUAUCUAUGGAUCUCUCUUCCCAUUGUACCUGCAGUGAGGAUGGCUGCAAUUAUUGCUAAGCAAGACCGGUUCAACCGUGAGGGUGAUCAAAAUAUGCGGAGAAUGGGAAGAACCUGUGAUGCUUCUUGGCCAGCAUCUAAGAGACGAGUUCACAAAAUCCUUAAUCACAGAAGUAUUGAGAAAAUAGGGAAACUAGAAGAGGAAGAUGAUGAUGUUGAGUGGUCACCCCCAACAAGAACAAAAAAUUCAUCUAAGAAAAUGAAAUUGACUCCUGCUUUUGAAUUCUUGGAGGGCAAAGGAAUUCCAAAGAAGCAGCGGAGUGCUUUAAAUAAGGGAAAUAAUUCUGUAGUUGUAGAUUUAGAGAGUGAUUCAGAGGAUGAAGUUUCAGAGGAAGUGUGUAUUAUAAAUAUGAGAGAGCGCAAAAGAGCUAGGAAUUCAAGUAGGGAGAUAAUCAAAGAAAAUCCUAAGGAUACAAUAGAGGGAAAUGUAGGUUUUACAAAUGCUUCUUUGCACACUUCAUCUUCUUCAUCAACAUCUUCUUCUACCUCAUCAGCUUCAGCUAUGAAGAAUGAUGGCAGUAGCAACAGCACAUGUGCACUGAGAAAUUUGAAGGCCAAAAUAGAAGCUCGCCCAAAGUGUCAUCAAUGCAUGAAAAGUGAAAGAAGAAUUGUUGUCCCUUGCCAGAAGUGUAAAAGCAAAAUAUAUUGUGUCCAAUGCAUCAAGCAAUGGUAUCCAAAGAUGACAGAAGAAGAAAUUGCAGAACAAUGUCCGUACUGUCGUAGAAAUUGCAACUGCAAUGUGUGUUUGCACUCCAGUGGUUUGAUUAAGACAUCAAAAAGGGACAUCACUGACAGUCAAAAGGUUCAGCAUCUCCAGUAUUUGAUAAAGUCACUGCUUCCCUUUCUUGAACAACUUUGUGAAGAACAAAAUCAAGAGAUACAAAUUGAGGCUUGCAUUCUAGGUUCCUCCCCCGAGAUAGCAGAAAACUUCUGUAAUAAUGAUGAGCGUGUCUAUUGCAACCAUUGUGCAACUUCUAUUGUUGACCUGCACCGCAGCUGCCCAAAGUGUGCUUAUGAACUAUGUCUCAGUUGUUGUCAAGAAAUUCGUGAAGGAAGUUUGUCAAGUCGUGCUGAAAUAAAGUUUGAAUAUGUAAACAGAGGCUCUGAAUAUAUGCAUGGUGGAGAUCCACUGCCUUGUGGUUUUGAAAAUCCUGAGGAUCAAGGGGAACCUCCAUUUGUGCUGUGGAAUGCCAAUGAUGAUGGAAGUAUUUCUUGUGCCCCAAAAGAAAUGGGUGGUUGUGGUGAUUGUGUAUUGGAGCUAAAGCGUAUCCUUCCAAUGGGGUGGAUUUCAGAGUUGAAAAAGAAGGCAAGAGAUUUAGUAGGGUUUGGCAUGGAAGGGACAAGUUUAAUGUGCAACCAUUCUGAAGCAGAAGGGAAAGAGAUGUUGCGGAGAGCAGCUUCUAGAGAAGGAUCAGAGGACAAUUACUUGUAUUGUCCUACUGUGAUUGACAUUCAAGAGGAUGAAGAGGUCUUUUGCUUCCAAAAGCACUGGGUUAAAGGCGAACCUGUGAUUGUUCGUGGUGCUCUCGAGGUAACAACUCAUUUGAGCUGGGAACCAAUGGUCAUGUGGCGUGCAUUAUGCGAAAAUGUGGACCCAGAGACAAGUGCUAAGAUGUCUGAAGUGAAGGCCGUUGAUUGCCUGGCUUUUUGUGAGGUGGAAAUUAAUACCCGCCAAUUUUUCAAGGGUUAUACAGAAGGGAGAAGAUAUGGUAACUUUUGGCCUGAGAUGCUGAAGCUGAAGGAUUGGCCCCCAUAUGAUAAGUUUGAAGACCUUUUGCCGCGCCACUUUGAUGAGUUUAUCAGUGCCUUGCCUUUUCAACAAUAUAGUGAUCCCAAGGCUGGUAUCCUUAACCUCGCUGUGAAAUUUCCACCAGGUCUACUUAAACCAGACAUGGGUCCAAAAACCUACAUUGCUUAUGGCACAACAGAAGAGCUUGGCAGAGGGGACUCGGUAACUAAACUUCAUUGUGAUAUGUCGGAUGCGGUGAAUAUUUUAACACAUACUGCGGAGGUAGCUUUAAGUGAAGAACAGCGCACUGGCAUACAACAGCUCAAAAGGAAACAUUUGGAACAGGAUGAGAAAGAACGUUUGGAGCAUGACAAGGUAAACCAUCAUCCCAUUGGGCAAAUUGGUGACUGCAGUGGUAGUCGGAAAGAGAUGGAUGUAUCAAAUAUUACUGAGCUAGAGAUCUACCCCUCUGAAAUUAGUGAAAAACGAGAGAUUUCCCAUGAUCAGCUAAGAGGUGCUAGACUCGCUGGUUUGCCCACUGCAGAUGAAACAGAUGAGAUGUGCGGUGCGUUGUGGGACAUUUUUAGGAGGGAGGAUGUCUCCAAGUUGGAAGAAUAUCUAAGAAAGCACUCUAUGGAAUUUAGGCACACUUUUUGCUCCCCAGUAAAACAAGUCGUCCAUCCAAUUCAUGACCAGUGUUUUUACUUAACUUCAGAGCAUAAAAAGAAGUUGAAGGAGGAAUUUGGUGUUGAACCUUGGACAUUUGAACAAAGAGUCGGGGAGGCCAUAUUUAUUCCUGCUGGUUGCCCACACCAAGUUAGGAAUCUCAAGUCAUGUACAAAAGUUGCUGUAGAUUUUGUCUCCCCAGAAAAUGUACAGGAGUGCCUUCGCUUAACCAAGGAAUUCAGACAGCUUCCAAAGAACCACAGGGCUAGAGAAGAUAAACUUGAGAUCAAGAAAAUGAUAAUCUAUGCAAUUGAAGAAGCAAUUAAAGAUUUAAAAGUGCUAAUAUAAUGACAUCUUCAAGCUACUCCAAGUGGCAGCUAUAGAACACACAGGCCAAAUUGUUUUUCUUUUUUCCAUUUUUAUAACAUACAUUUCUUCAGCGAGAAUGCUACCUAAUUAAAGCAUUUUUUUGAGGAUGCAUAUCACCAAUUCAAAGUUAAAUAUAGGAACGAUACCUUUGCAAGUA